GAAGUGUUAUCAAGCGUAGUAUUUUGCUUAGGCGCUAUGUGAAUCAGUCUUACGAUCGAAUCUAUCACGUGGUUUGUGGGAAGCGACCAAUCGAAUGCGAAACCGCGGCUCGAGCUUCGGUGCUAAAAUUGCAUGGCUCAAAUACAACACCAAUUUUUGAGCCUAGAUCCUUAGACAUAGUUUUAGCAGUGAAAAAUGGCCGAGAGUGUGUGUGUCGAUGGCAAACAUCAUUUAAAGUUAACUAGUCCACCAUUCGAUCAUAGUUCAAGUAUACUGCUAUAACAGUCGAUUGUAGUUUGUGUGUAAAUAGACGUAUUAGCAUUAAAUAACGAAAAAUGUAAUGAAAAUAAGAGAUCGACGUAGAAUUUGUAAGGCUUUCACGCAUACUGACAUAACUUUACAUUGACGCAGUUCCAAUGAACUGGACUAUGACCAGGUAUUAAAACCAAGAAAACAAUCCGUUGCAUAGAGGUAAAAAAUAUAACAAGCCACAUGUAGUACAAAUCGGUAAUUCCCACCUAUAUAAACAACGUUUCUUUAAACCAUCACAUAUUAUUUCCAACCCCAAUUCCAACGAUAUCUAAUUACUGCAAUGCAAUCACUUGAGGUGAUUGAAAAAUUAUGAAAACUAAUGAUGGAAAUGAGAAGAGCAGCGUACAACUAAAAAUAAGUACAACCAAAAUUGAACUUUGUAAAAAUGAUUUCGCUGCUCAGAACUGGGAUGUUGGCGGGGAUCAAAAGAGACAUAUUUAUAAAAGAGUCUUUGCAACAGCAACUGAAUGCGAGCGUCAUAGAAAUGCAAGGCUUUGUCGAGGGGCAGGAAAAGCCUCAAGUGGAAAAUUGCGAGGAGGCAAAUAUGCUGUGCUUCAUUAUAGAAGCAUUGUUCUUGCACGGGCUAAAAGACACUCUUCUGAAUCGUGUGACAGAGGCCCUGAGUGGUCCAGACUUUGACGCUAUGCCACAGCCGAGCUUCUGGGGGCCACUGCUUGUUUUAUCGCACAGACAAAUUAUUGAUCAAAUUCAAGGACUUACGCAAAUUACAACUGAGGUUGGUUACUGUAGAGCAUGGAUCCGCUUGGCAUUGAAUGAUGGACUCUUGUCCAGCUACUUUGCAUCGAUACGCAGAGACAAUUCCGUUCUGAAACCAUACUAUAACCGUUCUGCCUUUUUGAGGGAUCCCGACCUGGCACAUGUAGCUCAGAGACUGAUCGAAAGUAUCGAUCACAUCCCUUUUCAUCUUGCCUGCAAUACCAGCUUAUUGAACAUCUGGUCAAAUACGCCAUUGCACAUGGCUGCCAUUUGGUCCCCCACAUUGAAGUCUUGUCCAGUUUCUUCGGCAGUUGACAUAGCCAAGACUAUCAAUAGCGAACGUACCCUAACUGACAAUUUUGACGAAAUUGAAUCGGUAAGCUCUAUAGGGAGUCUUGAUUCGCUGAACAAGUUUAGUAUCACGAGCAAAGAUGAGAUGCGGAAGAUUAAACUGGGAAAAGAAAAGCGUUUUAGGUCUGGUGUUGAGACUUCGAAUACCACGGUUCAGACAAAGGAGACAAGCGAAAAAGCUAGUGAAGAAGAAGAACAAGAAAAAGAACAAGAAGAAGAACAAGAAGUAGUGAUACGGAGAAAAAUUGAAAAUGGGAUAACACUAGAUUCCGGAAUUGAUACUGAGCGUGAAAAUGGAAGCAGAGAGGACCUACGGGAAGAGGAGGCAGCUGUAGAACCCGAACUAGCAAAUGACGCUGCUGCGACAGGCGGCAAUUCUUUAAUCGGUCGAUUAGGGUGGUCUACUUCUAUUGAGGACUUUGAGUCUUCGCUAACUACUUCUGCAAUAUCCGGAAGCUCCGACGUUGACGCUUCUCACACUCCCGCUGAUGCUCGGCCCUAUGAUGCUUUGAUACGGAGCUAUAAUCAAGGGGCAUGCUACGCAGCUACUGCAGACUCUAGUGAGUUUCCCAAUAAUUGCCUGAGUAGAGGUUCGCAACAGGAUAAUUCAGGUGUGAAGCCGAAGUCAUUGGAAGAGGCAAAGGAGGCUGAUUUGCAGUCGUUUAAUCAGCAGCUGGGGAAAUUGAGCCGUGAAAAGGGACUGGACACUCAGAAUUACAGUUGCAUGAGCUGCGACCAUCCGAUAGGCAUGUCCUUUUCUAAGGCAUGGGUUUGCGGAUUCACAGGGGAGUAUUAUUGCACCAACUGCAUGGCAGAAGAAGAGUUCCUAAUUCCAUCGCGUGUUAUUCAUAACUGGGAUCUCAAACGUUAUCCGGUUUCCCAAAAGGCUGCUCGGUACUUGAAUGACUGUCCUGCCCUACUUGACCUCAAGGUGAUCAAUCCUAGGAUAUACAUGGUGGUCGACGACAUCGCCCAGCUGCAGUCCCUGAGAAUUCAAUUGAAUCUGCUCCGUGCCUACCUCUUCACGUGUCGCGAGCCUGUCAUAGAAUCUCUCCAAAAAAAGGUUGCGCCGAGAGAUUACUUGUACGAACAUGUUCACCAGUACUCUGUUUCUGACCUGGCGGACAUACCAAAUGGCAUAAUGGCUCAACAACUUCAGAAAGUCGUCGAAUUCGCCAGGAAUCAUGUAACCAAUUGUUGGCUCUGCAGCCAGAAAGGAUUUAUAUGCGAAGUCUGUGACAAUCCUAAAGUAAUUUACCCAUUCGACAUGAGCUCAACUUACAGAUGCGCUGCUUGCAAUGCUGUCUUUCACAUUGACUGCAUGAACGCGAGUCAUCCUUGCCCAAAGUGUGAGCGUAGACGGAAACGCAUGGACCUUCCACUGCUAGACUUGGGCAGCACAGACAUGCAGACUGUGUCUGAAACACCUGGGAUAAUGGCUUCAAGUUAAUUUCAUUUUAAAAACUAGCUGUUUGUUUUAUGUACUGACGAUUGUGUAAGAAAAAAGAAUCAAGCAAAUGGGCGUUUCAGGAUGUUUGGAAUUUUAUAAAUUUUAUAUUCUUAUGUGAUAAUGUCGUACCUUGUUGAAAGAGAAUUAUUCUUAUUAUUAAAACUGAACAAUUAUCCGUCGUAUUAAUUUACUUAUUUAUUGUCCAUUGUCAGAAUUUAUAUAAUAUAUUAAUAAAAGCGCAUUAUUUUAUUUUGUAAA